AUGGACUAUACACGCCAAAACGACGAUCCGUUUGUCGACAUGCCGGCCAUGCCCUCGCCAACCCGCCAGUCCGCCGUUCCAGCACCCUUAAAGAUGGCCUACGUAAACAAGGCCUCAUCCACGCCCUACGCCCAUGGCUCUCCAUCCUCCCCUGAGACGUCACCGCCGCCUCGCCUCGCCGUCCACACAGCACCAGCGAGCACGAAUGGGACAGCCCCGCUCCUCGCUCUACAGCCACCAUCCCCCCGCACGCCGCCCGCAUCAGACCGCCCCUCGACGCCUCCAAAGCCCUUUGUCGAGCUCUGGACCCCGGACAGCCCCUCCGCCGCCCACCCAGGCCUGCCUCCGCCUCCGGCUCUGGCCUAUGAUCCACCUCUUACUCGCGCUCGUACACGCAGUAAUGAGGACGCGGGCUCCGUCUACUCAGCGUCGCCCUUUGCCGAUACCAACUCCCUCUACUCCUCCGACGGCGGGUACUCGCCGCCCCGAAAGCAGCAGGAGGCCAGCCGGUCGCGUCUCGCUCUGGUCCUCGGACCGGGCUCUGGAGCCGGUGCGUCGGCGAGGGGAGAGCACUACCGCGGCUCGCUCGAGACCGGGUCCCUGCACGAGGGCAAGGCCGUCGUUGCAUCGGAGGACCUGGCAGCAAGGCGGUGGAGGGGACAGAAGAUGAAGCUUGGGGCAUGGGCGUGCGCCCUUGGCGUCGUGCUGGUCCUGCUUGUGACUCUCGGCGUCGGCGUCGGCAUCGGCGUCAUUCGCGGCACCGCGAAAGAGGAGUAG